CUCUCUUUUUGGAAGAGAAGCAGCGAACUGCAGCUGUGACGUGGGUCUCGUUGUUCCAUUCAGCGCGUUCGCCAUGGCAACCGGGCAGAAGCUGGAAGCACGCGGUCCUCUCUCUGUGGACAGCGUCCUGAGGCCGCAGAGGCAGCUGGAAGUUCGCUCUCUCUUCGACACACCGCUCCAAAAACAGAAACGACGAGAUUUGCGGAGAUUCUAAAUUUUGAUGCGCAAAGUUUGUAUUUUUUUUUUAAAUCUCAACAUCCUUGAUGAAUGAAACUCGAAAACUUUUACGCAGCGUUUUGACGCAAACGAAACGUGACCCACUGACCCAAAUCAGUGCUGAUAAACUGCAACCACCAGCGGGAUCUUUUUUUUUUCUUAUUUUUAAUUUAUUUCCUGUGUUUGAACGUCGCUGCACUUUGUUCACCCAAACACGCCGCAGGACUGCGCGCAUUGUUUGGGGGGGCAGCGCGGCUGGGGGGGUGGGGGUUUCACCACGCUCUCCCGUGACCAAUGAGCGGGGUGCUGUCAGGGGUAACCACAUCUGUCAACCAGUUCUCGGCCAAUAAAGAGCGGAGCGAGGCGGACCACAGGUGCGCGCCUCUGCGUCCCCUUGGCACAGCGCCCGGGAGAUGCUGGAGAGAGACGCCUCGCUGCCCCGUGGCGCAAAAGAGUUCCCGUCAAAGGCAGCCACUCCGGCUCCGGGAGGGAUGGCGACCGCAGCGUCCAACCACUACAGCGUCCUGAGCCCCCCCAGCAGCGCGCCGCCGCCGCCUCCUCCUCCUCCUCACGCGGACUCCGGGAGCAUGCAGCAGGCGGCGGCGUACAGGGACGCGCACAGCCUGCUCCAGAGCGACUACGGUGGGCAUCCGCUCAGCCACGCGCACCAGUGGAUCGCGGCGCUGUCGCACGGUGACAGCGGGACGCCGUGGCCUCCCAGUCCCCUUGGAGAGCAGGACGUGAAGCCCAUCCUGCAUGACAGUGACCGAGAGGAGCUGCAGAACUCCGGCAGYCUGCAGCAGCAGCAGCAGCAGCAGCAGCGACACCCCCACCUGACGCACCAGCAGCAGGCGCAUCACGACGCCAGAGCAUGGCGAACCAGCGCCGACAUGGCGACGUCUGAGGGCCAGAGCCUGGUCUACUCCCAGUCCGGCUUCACCCUGAUGCCGGCGGGGGAGCAGGGAGGAGGAGGAGGCGGAGGAGGAGCAGGAGGAGGAGGAGGGAUGCACCACCACCCCCUGAGGGACGAGGACCACCACAGCCACAGCCCGCACCUCAGCGAGCAUGGGGCCCACCAGCACCAGCAUCAGCAGCAGCAGCACGGGGGCCACCAGGACCACUCGGACGAGGACACGCCGACCUCGGACGAGCUGGAGCAGUUCGCCAAGCAGUUCAAGCAGCGGCGCAUCAAGCUGGGCUUCACGCAGGCGGACGUGGGCCUGGCCCUCGGGACCCUGUACGGGAACGUGUUCUCCCAGACCACCAUCUGCAGGUUCGAGGCGCUGCAGCUCAGCUUCAAGAACAUGUGYAAACUCAAGCCGCUGCUGAACAAGUGGCUGGAGGAGGCGGACUCCACGUCGGGGAGCCCCACCAGUCUGGACAAGAUCGCGGCGCAGGGCAGGAAGAGGAAAAAGAGGACCUCCAUCGAGGUGGGCGUGAAGGGGGCUCUGGAGAGCCAUUUUCUCAAGUGUCCAAAACCGGGGGCGGCGGAGAUCAACUCGCUGGCGGACAGCCUGCAGCUGGAGAAGGAGGUGGUCCGGGUCUGGUUCUGUAACCGGCGGCAGAAGGAGAAGAGGAUGACGCCGGUCGGGGGACAGAUAGCGGGAGGGGGAGAGGACAUGUACGGGGACAGCCCGCCUCACCACGGAGGACAGUCUCCGGUGCAGUGACGUCCUCUGGUCCGAACCCCCUCUUUUUGUUUUGGUUCUUUCUCUGAGCCCAGAACUGGACCGGUUUGGACGGACACAGGCUGCACGGGUGGGGGGUGGGGGGUCACAGAGUGGCACCUGAGCGCCGAAGAAAACCGUAGCAGGAGCUGCAGGUUCACACCAAGCUUAAAAAACAAAAACAAACAAACCCAAAGGAAAUGGGGUAAAAACUAUAAAACAGGGACAAUGAUGCUCUUUUUUUUUAUUUCCACCUGUGAGUCAUGAUGUAACGUGUCGUUUAAAGAAGGAAUCAUGUGUGAUGUGGG